UUCAGUUAACAAGCAUGUUGACAUGUGUUUUUUUUUUUAAAGAGAUUCUCUCAGUCGACGACUCCUUCAGUUUGUUUAGUACCGGGGCGACCUGCGUUUAGACACCCGAUGUUUUCACAAUGCGGAUCUAACUUCAACAACAGCUGGGCUUUUUAAAAUAAUUAUUAUUUUUAGCGUUUCUUACGGCUAGUUACCAAUCCAUCCGAUUAGAAUUCACAUCUAUAAGGAAGUUUUGUUUUUUUUUACGAGAGGGGAGGGAGGGUGGGGGGGUUACCCACAUAUAAUAAACAGUAACGUAAUAGACGCUUAAUUGCGAUUUAUUAUGGAGGAGAAGAAGGAGAAGGAGGGCGAAGCGGAGAUCCAGGAGCACGGUCCCGAACAUUGGUUCUCCAAAUGGGAGCGGCAGUGUUUGGCCGAAGCGGAGCGACAGGAGCCGAGCGACGACGAGUCGGAGCAAAGUCAGCAAAAACUAUGGCAUCUUUUCCAAAAUUCAGCCACUGCGGUCGCACAGCUAUACAAAGACAGAGUUUGUCAACAGCAGGGUCUAUCUCUCUGGGUUCCCUUCCAGAACGCAGCUACUGCCGUCACCAACCUAUACAAAGAGUCACUAGAGUCCCACCAGCGGAGCUAUGAGUUGGGGGUCCAGCGGGCGUACCAGCGUCGUAACAAAGACAUGCUGGCCUGGGUGAAGAAGAGGAGGAGAAACAUCAGGAGGGAGGACCUCAUCAGCUUUUUGUGUGGCAAGGCCCCGCCCCCACGCAACCCCCGUCGCGACGCACAGACACCCAAACACGGCCACGCCCUCUCUGUGAUGUCACCUGGCAGGCCGCCGUCCACGGAGAGCGGGUCGUCUGUCGAGGCUGACCUGCAGCCCUUCAGAGAGGCCAUCGCACUGCACGGCCUGAGUGGGGCGAUGGCCAGUAUAUCCGUUCGUUCCGGUGCCCCUGGCUCUCCGACGCACCUAACACGCGACAGCCCCGUCACUCCGCAGCCGGGUCGUAACCGUAGGAACGGUCUCCACGACGUCGACCUGAACACCUUCAUCGCCGAGGAGAUGGCGCUCCAUUUGGAGAACGCCGCGGCAACCGCUGCAGCCAAUAGGAAGAGGGCGUCUGCCCAGUGCAGUGACGUCAUCACAGACUCGCCCACCCAUAAACGCAACCGGAUGCUCUGAGUGUCCCCGGAUAUCACACACUAACACACACACACACGCUCAAGGCACGUUUCUCACACACACACAUACACUAGAUAUUUCUACUUUGCUGUCGCGGCCCGAACUGAUUGGAUGAUGACUCGUCCACCAGGCCGGCCAAUCAAACCCUCCCAACCUGGCACCUCCCCCUCUGUUGUUUAAAAAAAAAAAGAGAGAAAUGUAAAUUAUUAAAAAGCCACUUAUCCCCUCCUCCCUCUCUGUCAUCCCUCCUUCCUGUGUUCCCUCCUUUCCUCGUGGUUGGCAUGACAACGACUUGGAAUGAUAGCACAAACAGACUGGUAGCUCACCAGCAGCCUGUCUAGACCACUGGGAUGAAACUGUUGGCCAUGUGUUCUGAGUGGUGGGACAUACCUGUCCCCCCUGUUACUAGAGGUGUGUUGGGGUCCUGAGGCCUAGAAGCCUUCCUGUAUAGUAGCUCCUCCCCCCUCCUGUUUACUAGAGGUGUGUUGGGGUCCUGAGGCCUAGAAGCCUUCCUGUAUAGUAGCUCCUCCCCCCUCCUGUUUACUAGAGGUGUGUUGGGGUCCUGAGGCCUAGAAGCCUUCCUGUAUAGUAGCCCCUCCCCCCUCCUGUUUACUAGAGGUGUGUUGGGGUCCUGAGGCCUAGAAGCCUUCCUGUAUAGUAGCCCCUCACCUCUCAAGCGACUGUGGCUCUUGUCUCCCUCCUCUCUGUGUGUGUGUUGGACAGAACUGCCACUAAGUGUGUGUGUGACUUGUCUUUGCCUUUUGAGGAAGCUGCUAUCUCUGGCACAGUGGGAAGUUCUGGGGUGUGUUUCUGCCAGCACGUGUGUGUGUGUGUGCGGCUGUGUGUGUGUGUGUGUGUGUGUGUGUGCGGCUGUGUGUGUGUGUUCGUUGAGCACAAUCCUGACUGGAUUCAUGUGUAUUUGUGUUUUGUUUUAUAAAGCCUCCACCCCAAUAGCUCUUCCUGUCUCCUCUCUCUAACCCUUUAACCCCAAGUCCUCUUAUCUACAGUGUAUAUACAUUAUGACAACUAGGUUCUGCUGUUGUAUGAUGCAGACAUACAUGUGGUACAUAUUGUAAAAAAUAAAUAAAAUAAUGUGAAAAAAAA